UCCCGACGCGGUAACAAGCGGACUUACAGGUUUACCAUGAAUACUUUGUUCCAUUUCCAUGUCUGGGUUUAAAGCAAACUGAGGCGUACGGUAGUUUGUGACACUGUAUCACAGCUGCACGCUUUUUCCUUUCCUGAAAGUGUAGAUGUAUUUACAUUCUGCUCACAUCUAUUCAGCUGAGAAUAAUACAGUGUCUUCUAACCGUUUUAUGAAUUGCCACCCUGGUAAUUAUAAGUAAUAUUUUCUUUCAGAUGAGACGCCUUAUUAGACAUUAACUGCUUUGUAUUGCUUUUAAUUUCUACAUAAUAGUUCAUGAUGGGUAUAAAAAAGGAACAAAACAAAUGCUUGAAGAGACCAAAUCUCACUAUGUUAGUUUGAUAUUUCUUCUAUAUUUCCUCAGUUUAUUCGAGUCAAGCUAUGCAAUUAUCUUCAAUACUGCUAAUAUUUAAAUAUGAAAUCCCCAAACAAUUGAAGCGGCACACAUGAGAUGGACAGAGCAUAGCUUUACUUUUCUCCUAAAAAUCAAAUAAAGCCAGAAUGCAUUGAAAGGAUGGAAAGGCAUUUUGUGUGUCUGUGAUUACGUGCUGCGCGCGCACACACACACACACACACACACACAAACCCCUGUCUAAUCUGUCACUCUGUCAUAAUUUGAUCAUAAUCCCUAAUGGUAAUCACAUCGUAUCUUAAAGGUGUUCUCAAUCUGGAGAGGGAUUAUGGGAUUGCAGAGCAUGUGUGUUGGAGUGUGAAUGAGAGAUCCCAAUAUGUUACGGCGGUGCAUAUGAUGUGUGUGUGUGUGUUUAAGGGGUUGAAAGGGGUGAAUUUAAUUUGAUGAUGGGGGGUGUACAGGGUGCACCGGCUCACUUAUUCACCCACUGAAUCCAGUUUAAGCCUGAUACUACAAAACAAUACACUGACCUGUUAAAAUGUCUUUGUGCUCCCCUCCUCUGCUCAUCUUUAAUCUCUUUCGCUUUUUCAUCCACGAGACAUAAAACAAAACAAGAUAAAUCCAAGAUCUAGAGUCCGUCCUCUUUGGUUCAUGAUGAAUAUUCACAGACCUUUAUCCAGCAAGCCGUUGGUUGAUCGGUCCACACUUUGCCAAGACUGAAAUUUCUCUGCAAACUAUUUGAAGGAAUGCCAGGAGACUUGCAUCGAAUGAUCAUAGUCCCCAGAGGAUAGAUUCUGAUAGCGAUGCAGAUCUUAUGGCUUUUCCUCCAGCCCCACCUGCAGGCCACAUUUUUCACUCAGCCACUGAAAUAUCGCUUCAUCUAUUUGGAGAAAAAAGGUGUUUUACUCACAAGAAAAAGAGUUGAAAUUGUAGCUGCAUUGCAAUAAUGCAUCAUAUCUCAUAAACAUGUAUGAGAAAUCAAAUUAAGUAUUAACCGCUGAGAAAUAAAUGUAGAAAAAUGAAAAGUCUAAUUUCUGCCUCUGUGAUUCGUGAUCCCCAGAGGAUGGAUCUUACAGACUUUUAUUAUCCUCUAACUGUUCUUCUAACACCGCCGCGAGGUUGACAUUUUUGUGGUUUUGCAUGAAAUAUGUAUUAUGGAACGGAUGCUAAUGACAUCAUGACAUCAGCCUCAGCUGUAUACUCUGUAUUUAGUGCUAAUUAGCAAAUGUUAGCACUCUUAACAUCCUCCCCGGGUGUAAAGCGUUGCUGUCAUGGCUUUAGACUCUUGUUUACUUACAAAAAUGCAUCAUUCAUAAUUGCCUCUUUCUUAUUUCUCUCUUUCAGCAGCUUAUUUUAAAACCUCUUGGCUUUUCAUUUCUCGACCUGCAACCCGGAGCUGUUGGAAAGGCUGCAGCUGCUUCAGAAACUCCAUUUACAGGCUAUAUAGCAACGCUGAACCUGCUCCUGUUACAGCGUUCAUAUGAAAUAUUUGUAUGUGUUGCAGCUUUUUAAGCAUUGUGUUUAUUCCAUUUUCCCUUGAAAAGGUCGCUGAAGGUGUUCAGUACAAAAGGUUAUUUGUGCGCUUUACCUCUAAAGGUCAGCUAACCUAUUUGACUGUGAAAUGCAGAAUAACACAAAUAGAAAAACCAACACCUUUUUAGCAGGUACCAAACCUUUUUUUCCCACCUGCUUCCAUGCACUUAAUCGAGUUCUUCUUCUUUUUCCACCCACUCCUCUUUUAACAGCAAAAGCAUUUGCCUUCUGUGGCAUUAACCUUGUGCCAAAGAAAUAUUGACCAGGUGAUUAUGGUCCGGCAUCACGUUCAAAACGAGAUGGCUCGCCUCUGAAUUUAAUUUGAAGGCUCUAAAUGAGAGCUCAAGGGAGUGGGAAUUAUUCAUGCACGGUGAAAUAUAAUUAAAUAUAAUAUGCUGAAGGGCCUGUGUGUUUGUGUGUCUCAGCAUAUGAUUUAGUGGAGUGGAGUAAUUUAGCAGAUGAGCAUGUGGCCAUUGUUAGAGGGAUAAUCUGGCUUUUGCUGCUCAGAUAGGUUAACAUGCCGCAUAUUAGACCAGAUUACCCCCAACCACACCAGACAGGACAGGAGCUAGCGCCUCAUGCUAAGCCGACCCUCCCCUCUUUGCUCCUCUUUUCACUAAUUAUGACCCCAAGAUCACUUUAUUUCAUCUGCUCUUUUUAUUGUUUCAUCCUUGUCCUGCUUUUUUCCAAUUUAUUAGGCUUUCCUUAUUUCUAGUUUAAUUUAUUCUUACCACUACAAAUGUCUUCUCUAAUUUGAAAAACACUAAAACAUUCGCAAUUAAAUCUAUUUCUAAUAUCAAACCUGUAUCAAAAAGGCACAUAAUUAAAUAUUGCAUAUAGGUUAGACACAGAACAAUACAUUUGUGUAUUGUUCUGUGUCUAUAGGGUUAGGGUUCUGUGUCUACAGAACAAUAAACCACCAAACAAGUAAUUGAAAAUAUGACAUUUGAUAACAAUAAUUAAUAAAUUAAAAGAAUGCAAAUCAGAAAACACAUCAGAAAUAACACAAUAAAUGUAUUUGUAGAUUAAUUCCGUUAUUCGGAUGGUGUCUCGUAAAAUAUAUAGUAUUCGAUAAGGAAUGAAUACAAAUGAACUCAUUGAUACCUAUUUUCACUUAAAUCAUACGGUCAUAUUUCUAUCUGGACCCCUUAAUAAACAUCCUUAAUUAGAUUCAUUUAUUUUCUCUCCGAUCUAUAUCAGAUUCCUCAGGUGGGUUCUCAAGUAAUUGUGUGUAAUCUGGGCUUGCUAGUUGUUCAGCAAUUGUGUGUGUGUGUGUGUGUACUUACAUCUGCAUGACCACGUGUCGCUGCCGUGGCGGACCCAACAGCCAGACGUUUGCUGAGGUGCCAGCUGUUUGUAUUUUUGGCCGUUGAGGUUUGUUUGUCAGUCGGCUGCUGUCAUCAGGCUAUUAAUUAAAAUGAUGUGGUGAAAUGACACCAACAAAACACAGGAUAAAGAUGUAAUUGGUGCCUUCACAUCUGCCCCAGCUGUCCUAAUCUACUAGUCUAGUCUAGAAAGCAGGGCACCACAUGGGGAAUUAUUAGUUGAAUUAACCAAUGUUUUGUUAUUUCAUCUGUCAGUAAGGUGUUUGUGCGUUAAUGUCGCCGCUCGUCAUCCAUCUGGCAUGUUAGGACGAUUGUUUGUGAGCAUCUGCGUGUGUGUCACAAACCUGGUUAUGUGUUUACAUGUGUAUUUAUGUUUCUGAAAAAAGAAAGUCUCCAGCUGUUUGAGCAGUCACGCAGCUGGACUGAGGCCCCACCAAUAAAGAUAGCAGGAUUAACUUGUUGGGUGUUUGGUUACAAACCAAUUAGGGGGCAGGAUUAGUCUCUCAGGUACAGUUACUUGAGGAUGCCGGUCCUCUUUUCUGUGUCAAAUAGUGACCACACGCACACACACGCCAAAUGUUACUCAAAUCCAUCCGUCCACGUGUGCAGCUUUCUUUUGACUGAUAUUCCAAAGCCAAAGGAUUUUGCAAAUGACAAGGAAAGAUCUUCAUAUUUGAGAAGAUAAAACCAGCCCUUUUUCAAUUGACUUUAAGGGAUAAUUAAGCCAAGCCAAGCUAACCUGUCUCCCGGCUGCAGCGUCACAUUUAAACUCAGUGGUGUCCUCUCGUCUAACUUGGAGCUAGAAAGCAAAUAAAUGCAUUUGCUGAAAAAAAGAAAGAAAAUUGUAUAUUUGUUGCCAUAAUUGUUUUGGCGACCAACUGGUUCCCUAUAACCUCCCACUCUAUCCACCCACCCCCCUUUUCUUCUAAAUUGUCAUCCUUCUCAGUGCGCCACAUUUACCCCUCCUUGUUUUUUGGGGGGGUACCAUUGUGCUCCAAACUCUCCUGGAUCCCUGCAAGAGCACAAAAGCACAACAAAGCCUCAGGAAGUGAUUAGUGGCCUAACGAGGAGGAGGCUUUGCAGGCAGUUGUGGUGGUGGGGGGUGGGCUGCACGGCCUCUUCCUUGAGAGGAGGUGAGGGGGUUAAAGUUUCAGGGCUUAAGAGGUCAGUGUUAAGUUGUGGAGGUCACUGAAGAGGUUAAUUAGGAGCAGGGUUUUUGUUUACGAGGGUAUAAGGAGACGCAGGAGGCGAUACACUUCGUAUCCUCGCCGUGUUCCUGCAGCCGCCCUGGAAAAUUCAUCCACCGGCCCCUGCCUUCCUCCCUCCUCCCCGCCAAUUGUCCCCUCGCUGAAAGGAGAUGUAGCUGAAUUAACUUAAUUGUCACCAUUACACCAACCUUGCUCCCUCAUCACCACACACACACACCUUCAGCAUGUUUCCGUGAGUAGCCGAGGUUCCGUCUGUCCAUCCUGCUUCAAUUAGGAGAAUGUCUUUUCAACUUGGAGUAGCCCUGCAUGGCCAUGACUGUUGUGUGUGUUUGUCCAUUGUUUCUGCUGUUAGAACACACACACACACACACACACACGGAGAAACAUGCUGCAAUCCUCUAAGGGCUCGAGUAUGUCAAGUAGAGCCCCGAUGAGCCUCCCGAUGGGAAUGUGCGAAGAAGAGGAGCUUAACUGACACAGAAACAUCUUUGUUGGCUGCGACAUCCGUCCCUGUCAAUCAGGGUUCCAGCAAGCGAGAUGCCGUGGGGCCCAAAGUAACUUUUUCUCAUAGAUGGAUGUUGGGAAACCUGUAAAACCCGGUGAAUGAUGCAAAUAGAAAUAGAUCAACUGCCCGACACGGGCACAUGAAGAGCUCUUGUAUAAAUAAUUAGGAUGCAAAGUUUUAAAAUGAACUAAUGGCCGAAUCCAGAGUUAAUUUCCUUCCUCCGUUCAAGGAGGCGAGGUUAGAGGAAACGCUUUAGGAGCCCCAAGGAUGUGGGCCAGCGGAGGUAGAUCCCUUUGACCUCAUGUACUUUCAUUUAUAGAUUCUACUCUCAAGCAGAGAUUAGGAAGAAGCUCUUUUUAACGCCACACUGCUGGAUUUUUUUCCCCCUCCAUUUUCCAAUCUUCAGUGCAGUUCGUCCGACUGAAACCGCACAUUAUAUUAUCGCUAUAAAGCUGAAUUGAUUUUACUUAAAGAAAAGAGAGAUUACCACCUUCAUUAGGGGUGAAAAACUGGCACAUGACUCGUCACACUAUUCAGGGACAUCUGUCUUUUGGGGUAAUUGGCAUUAACCCUUUUAAGCUGGGUGACCCCCUUUUCUAUGCCCAACACAUCUGCACUGAAGCCGAAAUCUGUGUGUGUGUGUGUGUGUGUGUGCAUAUUUCUUUCUUUGUGACAAGAUAGAAUAAGAUGGAGCCCGAUAAAGUUUGUUGUUGUUUUUUUCUGAGCCCAAAAAUAUCCACCUCAUAUUGAUAUUCCACUCUCUCUUUUACAAACACACACACACUCUAAGAGCGGCACACUCCAAAGCAUAUGGCCCGGGCUAACAAAAUGUGUUAAUGCUGAUUGAAUAUGCUGCUCUAUUAGACUAAUGUUAGCGGGCUGUGUUGCCCCAUGCUAAUCCAAGGUGACAGAAUGGAGCUGAAGCUGCAGCUUAUCUCUGAAAUCGUGGAUAUUAGAGAAUAGAAAAGUGAUUAGAAAGUGAUUAGAGUGGAGGGAGACCACUUAGAGAAACAUACGCUUUCAGGUUGACAUGACUGCUAUUAUUAAUGACGCAAUCAGCUUACUGGAAGGACCUCAGAGGUCAUGAGCUGUAUAGCUAAUAGAAGUUAGGUGUGUUUGUGAUAUCAGUUUUUGAAGAUGUUUCUCCCUUUUAUUUAUUUUUAAACGACACACAUCAUAAUCAGUUAGUCAUUCAAUUGACUCAAAUGUAAAGAAAUGGAAUGCAGUGCAGACCUGUAUAAUAAUGAUAACAAUAAUAACAACCUAGACCUUUUUUCAAACCAAGUUACAAUGAGGCAAAUAGAACUAUUCAAUUAGAAAUAAUCCAAAAAAAAUCAAAUGUUUAAAAACAAAAAAUGUUGAAACAGAACUUUGGAAAAACCAUAUGUGCUUUUAGCGUUAAAAAAAGCUUGUGUGUGGUUUAGAGAGGUGGUUUAUAAAGCUGUCACAUGUUCGAUAGUCAUCAGUAAACAUCUUAUAAAGACUGGUGGCUUGGCCAGAGGUUCAAUGGGGGCGUCGGCCCACCUGGAGCCCAAAACGCCACUAAACAUUAAGAAUUCAUGCCAAACUAUAUUUACAAUUGUAGAAAGAAAGUUUCUCAGUCAUCGAUCGUCCUCAAAAGUUCAACCGUAACCCCAUCGACUAGGUUUUAUUCAUGGUGCCGAAUUUGCACAUCUGAUUUGACCCCUCGGUGUGUUUUUAUCACUCUCUCGUUUUAAUCCCGUGUUUAGAGAUCCCGCCAAAAGCGAGCGAGGGGCACUUAAUCGUUUUUUCGGUUUCCUACUUAUUGGAAUAUUUCCCAAUAGUGUCAGUUAGAUAUAGGCGGCAUGUGUCCAGCCUGUGCGUAAAAGAAGGGAUAAAUCUACUGUGUUUGAUUGACAGUGCUGCCCUGACAACCCCGCAUCAGCUCCCGGGCAUCCAAUGAGGAGUCAGAUCCAGGGGCCCUCCCUGACUCCUUUAGGUGAGCUGAAGAGACGGACUCCAGCAGAUCUCUCUCAGUCCUUUUGAGAGACACAUCCCGUCUCUCAGGUUUCACUCUGACGUCCAGAUGGUGUUCAGGUCGCCGCUCGACUUUUUCUCAGCCUCCCGGAUCCUCCGGCCACACUUUGCGGAUGGCCCCCCUACUCAGGCGCGCUCGCGGUCCCCCGAGGACCCCCCCUCCGCCUGUCCUCCGCUGGCCCUCCCGGGCUUGUGUUUCUCCGCAGCGCAGAUCGCCAGCGUCUGCGAGACCCUGGAGGAGACCGGGGACAUCGAGCGACUGGCCCGCUUCCUGUGGUCUCUCCCGGUGACCGCGGACGGUCGAGACUCCAUCUCCGAGCACGAGUCCGUGCAGCGGGCACGCGCCGUGGUCGCGUACCACACGGGGAGCUUCCGCGAACUCUAUCACAUCCUGGAGACGCACCGCUUUACGCGCACCUCGCACGGCAAACUGCAGGCGAUGUGGCUCGAGGCUCACUACCGGGAGGCGGAGAAGCUCCGAGGUCGACCGCUCGGACCCGUUGACAAGUACCGCGUGAGGAAGAAGUUCCCGUUGCCGAGGACCAUCUGGGACGGAGAGCAGAAGACGCACUGCUUUAAGGAGCGCACACGGGGGCUGCUGAGAGAGUGGUACCUGCAGGACCCGUACCCGAACCCCGGGAAGAAGCGGGAGCUGGCGCACGCAACCGGACUGACACCGACUCAGGUCGGAAACUGGUUCAAAAAUCGAAGACAGAGAGACCGGGCGGCGGCAGCCAAAAACAGGUUGCAGCACCACCGCAUGUGUCCAGACGGCGCGCGGUCCUUCAGCGGAGGAGAGUGCAGUCCGGACGGAAGCGGGGAGCGCGCAGAUGGAGAAACUCUUCUCUCAGUAACGGACAGUGACUCUGACUUGGAUGUUUGAAGACUGAAAUGUGAAACGGACUUCGGGGCCCGAACGGGUCCGUCGUGGGUUUACCCGUCGAAGAGAGGAUGUAUUCGGGGGAAAUGAGGCGGCUCAGCCUUCGGGUUGCAAUAAACGUUCAAAACAGCUUCAUCAACGUCACCCUCAGCCCACCAAGCAGCUGAUGUUCUCACAUCAAGAUUCGUUUUUUCUUCUUUUUUUUUUCCCUGAGAAAAUGAUUGAUUUUUGUCCAUCAACACAUUUUUGAUUUGUGACUACAUCACCGGGUGGCGGCGGUUUCACAUCUGUUGACCCAGUUUACACCGUCAACCUGAUUAAACAGACAUCGAGCCGUGGACCCCUUUUGGAAUCUAAGCCAGGGACCCCCCACAUGGGAGGACCGUAACUGACUGAAACCUGCCAGUGAGAUAAACACUCAUUUUCUCUAAUUAUAAGACCUUGUUAUUAUUAUUAUUAUUAUUAUUAUUGUUUAAAUGAAACUGUUGGAAGACCCCUGGAUGUCUACUGCUAGACAAUCAAUACGCACUGAAGCCUUUGGCUCUUGUUAUGUUCAUGAACUUUUUGUUUCUUUACCUUCACCUUUACUUCUUAAGUAAUCUUAAUCGACGACUGUGAUUUUAAUCUUAACUCCACAGUCAUCAGCCUGCGUGUGAUGCUGAUGUUGUACUUCAUGUUCAAUUUGAUGCUGUUUACUCAGUAAAGGUUUGCCAUUUUAUACAAAUAAAAGUAUUUAAUAUAU